AUGGAGAAGAAACGUGAAGGAGUAAUCGAAGCAAUGAGUCUGAUCGUAUCAGAUCCUUACUAUUUCCUCCAUUUCAUGGCCUUCUUCUCUUACCUUCCGAUUCGCAAUUUCGCUUCACAAUACACUUCUCAUCGACUCUUCGAUAGAGAAAUCCAAGCAUUUCUAGCGUUUCUUAUGUUUUUCGCUAUUAAGAUGGUGAGGGAAGAAACAUGGGAGGCUUUCUUUGCUGAUAGUUUGCUCUAUGCUAAAUUUCGUUUUGCAGUGAUAUAUCUUUUAGCUCAACAACCAGCAUUUAGUAAAUUAGGAACUGCGAUGAAGCUAACACCAAUACAGUUGGAAGAUUUGUUAUCUGAAGGGAACACAACAAAGUAUUGGUUGAUAGAGUUCUUUGCAUGUAGUUCGUCCAAGUGUGUCCGUUCAAGCUGUUGUUUUCCCGAGCUCUCCAUCACGUAA